CGCCGUUCAACCCAGGCUAGUGCCUGCUAACAUGGUAGGGUUGCCGGAAGGAUUAUCUUCAUGCACCUCAGUCUAACAAAAGCGGCCCGGAAAACACUGCCCACACAUCAUGGGUCUUCUUUAUCUCCACAGGUCCACGCUCCCGUGUGUCCACUCCACCCCGCAUGCCGGUCCCUUCUCUUCCUUACUCUCCAUUCACGCGCUCUUCCCGGACGACUACUCAGUAGAGAUUCUUCAUUUCUGCUGACGCCAUCAUCAAUUGACUAAGACAUACACACAGUGCAUCUUUCGUGGUCUCUUAGUUAUCGAUCCAGUAGCUCCCUUCGUGUGACUCGAGUUGCUGCAGUCGAUACCGGAAGCAUGUCAGGUCCUCAGGAAAUAAGAAGAGUUCGCAGGGUGGUCUCACCACAUCUCGACAUACGGGCAACAACCGCAAAGCCAAAGUUCUCUCAGCCUACCGAUGUGAUAGCUUUAACAUCAACCUUCACGCCGCCGUCAUCAUGUUUCGAGAACCUCCUCACCAUGUUACCGCCUGCCAGCUUCAUAUGGCACAACGAACCAGUCCCUGUGGCGAAUAUGACUGUCGCAGCAUGUUACCCAACCGAGUUCCUGGAGUCCUACACAUCCGUGGAAACCAUCAAUCCGGGUGGUACGACAAUAGGGUCGUCAGUUGUUCCAGCAAUGAGCCCCUUCGUUUGUCCUAAGAAUUACUGUACUAUGUUAGCAGAAUCGAGGAAUUAUAUCGCGUGUUGCCCUUCUUCAUAUCAAUUUCAUCCUCCAGACACCACCGUGGACUCAGACCGACCUGCAUAUGGCGGCACCUGUUACAGCGAUUUACCCGCCAAGACCAACGUCCCAGUAAUCGCCUAUGAUGAAGACGGCGACACAGCAAGCAAAGCUUUCAGCCAGAGCGCCAGCGGCGGGCAGGCUUUCGCGCAUCCCAUCGACGGCUGGGCCGCUACCUCACCCACUAUCAUCGGCUGCCCGACGUCAUCAGCAUCUCUCGCAUCCGACUCCGAUGGCGCCGCGGCCAAGUCUUCGUCGUCGUCGUCCUCCUCCUCCUCAUCAUCUAGUUCACAGUCCGGCGCUGGUGUCAACAACACAAGUCCCAUUCCAUCCACCACAGCCUCCUCGGACGGCAUCUCCACCGGCGCAAUAGUCGGCGCUACAAUUGGUGGCUGCGCCGCGCUCGCCCUCCUCGUCGGUCUGGUGUGGUUCCUUCUCGCGCGCCGCCGCAAGAACAACACCAUCCCCAAAGACGCCCACCAGAUGGCCGACGACUUCGGCGGGCCAAAGACGUACUACAGGUCCGAAGGCCCAACACAGUUCAAUAGCCACGAAGUCAGUGCAUAUGCGCCAGAGAAGGCAGAAUGGAGACCGAGCCAGCUGAACGGCGCACAUGGCAUAUUUGAGAUGCACGCUGUAAGUGCGCAGGAGCUGCCGGCGGACUAUGCAGGGAAGAUGGGCGAUGCGAAAGUGAUGGCGCAUUAUGCGCGGUAAUGUGGCGUGGAGAGCGGUGG